GAAGUUGCAGUGUAACAGUUGCCCUCUGUAAAGGAAGACAAAAUUCGGAAAUGUAAACAAAAACCCCAGAGAGUUCUGAAAAUUUGUUUUUUUAAAAAAACUCCGCAGAUCUGGCCGUAGUUGUGGAGAGGGACGUUCUGGCUCCUCUUCAAUCAAGAGCUUCAGGUCUGCAGGAGGAGCUGUUUUAAUGAGAGUCUCUGAUGACGUUCUCUGUAUUUACUGGAUUUGGAAAGGGUUCCUGUUUCUCCUUUGGUGGGAGAAACCGAUUUUUAAUCAGUGAAGGAAUUAAGAAUUAUGUAGAGAAAACGGAAAAGUAAGGUUGAAGAUUAUCAGAUGAUCACGUGAGCUCAUGAAAUGGCGGUGCGGAUUCGAUGGGCUGAAUGGGCUAGUUCUGCUCCUAUGUCGAAAGCAGUUAUUCAUUUCACCUUGUUAAAAACAACUCUUGUAGCACUGCGAUGGUGUCCCUUUCUUUGAGCCGGGAGAACAGGGUCCAAUCCUACAUAUGUAAAACAAGAACUGAAACCAUAUAGACAAUGAAUGGAUCUCAGACAUCGUGUUGGACCUGGCAAAAUGAAUCUGAUCGGACAAACAAAUCCUUCACUGCUGUACAUUAUCACAUGCUUGAUAUGGUAGAAUCAAUGCUCCUUCCUUCUUUCGUUGGCGUUAUCUGUUCAACAGGAUUGGUUGGAAAUAUUCUCAUCCUUUUUACUGUUAACAGAUCAGUGCGAAAGACCAUCCCAGAUAUUUAUAUUUGUAACCUAGCGGUGGCAGAUUUGGUUCAUAUUAUUGGAAUGCCGUUUCUGAUUCAUCAAUGGGCACAAGGAGGCAAGUGGGUGUUUGGUAGUACUCUCUGCACCAUUAUCACAUCACUAGACAGUUGCAACCAGUUUUCUUGUUGUGCAAUCAUGACUGCUAUGAGUCUGGACAGGUACCUAGCUCUUGUUCAUCCAUUCCGUCUGACAAGUUUCAGAACCAGGUCAAAAACUAUUAAAAUCAACGUCUGCCUUUGGGCAAUUUCAAUUCUAUUGGCCUUUCCUGCCUGGACACACGCAAAAGUCAUUAAAUUUAAAGAUGGCUUGGAAAGCUGUGCUAUCGAUUUAUCUUCGCCCCAGGAUAUACUUUGGUAUACAUUGUACCACAGCUUAACUUCCUUCUUCUUUCCCUUACCACUGAUACUACUUUGUUACAUUUUGAUUUUGUGUUAUACAUGGGACAUCUACCAAGAAAACAAGAGAACUGGAAGAUAUAACACAACUAUCCCCAGAGCACGGCUCAAACGACUAACGAAGAUGGUCCUGGUGUUAGUGGGUAUUUUUGUGGUGUGUUCAGCACCGUACCAUGUGAUUCAACUAAUAAAUCUCAAAAUUAGUCAGCCCACUUCUGUUUAUUACAUCAUUUAUUACAUCUCCAUCUGCCUUAGUUACGCCAGCAGCAGCAUUAACCCCUUUCUCUACAUAUUGCUCAGUGGUAAUUUCCGAAUGAGGUUGGCCAGUUGCACAAAGAUUCCAAUGAAAGUGACUGAACGUGAAAUUAUUAACAUAGAAAGCACAGUGAAGCUGAGUUACUGAAUGAAAAAAUCUCUUUUAUAAGCAAUAUGUUUGUGUUUUUGAAGUGUUACUGUGUAGGUGAGUACAGUAUUGUUGAUUUCACUAUCCAAAUCAACAUAUUUAACUUAAUACAAUUUGUAACUUCAUCUUUUUUUUUACUUUCAGUAUGCAGUUUAAUAUCUACUGGAUGUAUAAGGUAUCUUACAUCAAUGAACAUUUUAGUGACUGCCCUUUCAGUGUGAAUCCAACUAAAAAAGAAUGAGAUAUGACACUAUCAGAGAGUUAGCAAGGACAACAAUUUCAAGGGAAUAUGGGUCUGCAAUGUAAUUCCAAGGUUCAGAUCGCACCUCAGAGUUGAGGGGGCAGCUAAAAAGAUUGCACUGAUACAAUAGCGAGAGCUUCUCAAAGAUCAAAAUCCAUUGUCAGAAGAGUAAUAAUCAAAGCCCUGAAAGUGCAGUUCCCUUGUUGGUUGCACAAAUCUAAUCUCUACUCAAUAAACGCCAACAAUUUGUUUAAUUGAGAUAAGUAGCAUCAGCAGUGUAUGUGUAAAAACAUUGGCAAACUACUAUAUAGCUCAUAUUAUACCUGCUCAUACGAUUCAAUCUCUUCUUACUGCAAACUACAGCUGUUGGUUUAGCAGGAGCUUUAUUAAUGUAUGUAUUUCUGUGACUGUGACAGCAAGGCUUUAACCAUUAUUAGAAAUGUAAUUGUAUGUUUUGUAUUUAUAAUUAUGUUUUCAAGUUUAACACAAGUUUUGAGAAGAACAUGAUACAGAUAAUAGCAGUUAGUUCCAUAUAUAUCAUUGAUUACUAUCAUGUCUUGUGUUUUUCAGUUUGUAAUUAAAAUGAAAUAAAAGAAUGUAGUAAUUAAAGAACAAUAUUAAAUAGGAGGUCAUAAAAAUUUGAUGUAAACUGUUAAGAAACUUGUGUAUUAAAGUAU